AUGACGACCACGCAGGACGAUGACUUCUAUCUCUUUGACGGUAGUCUGGCAGCCACCCCGAACGAUUUCGAUACCUUCCUCAACGAUGCCGAACAAGAGGUCGACACUCAAGCCGUGAUCAAACCAUCCGAUCUUAUCAAGAAAGAGACGAACAACGACAGUCCCUUCAAUACACAGCAAAACCACAGAGGCUCUUCGAGUUCCUCUUCGGAUGAAUCGGUUCAGCACCGGCGAAAUGACUCGGCUGUGUCGGCUGCGUCCAGUGCCUUUGCGCACAAUUGGGACACCGGUAUCAACGGCUACACCAUGCCCGCAAACCAGAUGUUCAAUGAUUCCCCUAUGGGCGGCGUAGACGGCGAGUUCGAGGCCAGUAACCGUCAGAUGGCAACCGACUUCGACUUCGAUACAGCCGCGAGCACGCCGAGUGGGCUCGAUGCCCAAAUGUCCUACUCCCCAACGCCGCAAGCUCUGAAGAGAAAUGUCAACGUGACCAGGUUUGGCAAGGGCCAGCAACCGUCCCCGCGAAUGACUAGCCAGCGGCCUGGUUUCUAUAUAGCGAAUUCGCGAGAAGCGUCGCCACUCAAUGCCAUGCUUCCUGGCCCACAAGGUCAAUCGCCAUGGAGCAAACACUCUCCGUCGGCUGGACUUGAGGAGACAUUCAACACCAUCAACAUGAAUGGCGACUCCCCUAAUAAUCCCACUUUCUCACCGAACAUGCAAUUCAAUGGUGGCUUCUCUUUCGAACCAGACUCCAGCGCGACGCCGUCGUCACUAGGAAUAUCUUCACCGCCGUCGACUGUGCCUUCCGCGAAUGAUGGCAGACCGCAACUGAUCAUCCAACCCACUUCCCUCAAGUCGCGCGUCGAAACUCAGAUUCCGAUCACGCUGACUUUGUCGCCCAUGCCGCCAGGAGCCAAAAGGCUGAUGCUCCCACGCAACACUGUAUCGAAGCCGAAGUUCCUGAUCAAGGGCGAACAUGAGCCCAGCGUGGAGACAUUGGAGUUGCACACGUCCCUGGUCUGUACGAGUGCGAUGCAAGACAAUGUGAAGAUGCAAAGAGCCCUCGCAAGAGCUCGUGGAGAGGAUCUUGCGGCAUAUAGCAGACCCAGCCCAGAUUCUUCCGCAUCCUCUACAUCCUCCAAAGAUGACGAAGAUAAGCCACUUAAUGGUGGCGAGGUGAGGAUCUGCUCCGGCUGCAUCCAGCGUGAGCGCAAGCGGGCUGGUCGCAAGAAGCAGAAGAAACCUGAGGAAGAGGAGGCUUUUGCGCGUGACGAGGAGAAGCGAGUUGUGGUCUUCAACACCAGCCAAAUCAAGGACUGGGUUGAGGUCCCCCGAGAACCGCCUGAAGACACGGCGUCCGCCGCUCCGAGAGGUCACUCAGCUCCGCCCGGGUCCAUGCAGGUGGAAUUACCUAUGCGCAUCGCCUGUUAUUGUCGGCAUCAGAACGAAAAGCUCGGCUUCCAAGUCAUCUUCACUAUCAAGGACUAUCGAGGACGUGUCAUUUCGCAAGGCUUGACAAAUCCAAUCAUGAUUACGGACGAUCACAAGACGCACACUGCGCCAGCUGUUCCACCUACGUCGAUUCCGCUUCCGAAUGCACCUGCUGUCCCAGGUGCAGGCGUUUUCCAGACGACUGGCGAGACACCCGCGCCUGCUCCAAAAGUGCCGAAGAUGUUCAAGCAGUCAUUUUCGACCACUGAUCUAAAUGGGUUGCAGAACAAUUUCAACCCGAACUUUCCUAUGGGGACGUCGAGCAAUCCCUUUGCGAUAUCGAACACAACAUCAGGCACAAUAACGCCUCGAAAUGCCUUGUCGAGGCCUGCCUCGCCGAGCGGACCGCAAGGUCCCACGGCGAAGAAGCGGAAGCAGAGUGGAUCGGGGAAGCUACCUACAGGCUUGACAAUGACCAGGCUUGAUACAGCGCCAGCUCAACCACCACAGCAGCCCCUAUCGAUGUCCGCCGCAAACUCUCCGUAUGCCCAGAAUAUCAGUGCCUACAUGCCACCACCUCAAUCCGCGUUCCCAGCCCCUGCGCCUAUGCGGCCACUUGGCACGGGAACCAGUCCUCCAACUCCGAACGGAAUCGAUUACAUCAACAGAUCUUUCUCGCUCGAAAAUCUCCCAAGACAAGUCAUGAUCUCAGCCCCACCAUCUCGACAACCAAGCAGACCCGGAAGCCCAGGAUCUGGCAGGAAUAGCUUCAGCGGCCCCGAGCAGACACUGAGCGGCGUCAAUAAUCAGCUCAUGAACCAAACAAGACGGGCGCCUCCGCUCAUUCACAAGCUCGUACCUGCGGAAGGUUCGGUCACAGGAGGUACUGAAGUCACGCUACUUGGCAACGGCUUCUACCAAGGAUUGGAGGUCAUGUUUGGCGAUACUGAGGCUACGACCACGACUUUUUGGGGCGAGAAGUGUCUGAACUGUAUUGCUCCGCCUGCAUUACAGCCAGGCACGGUCAGUGUCGUGUUUAAGCAUGAGCAUCGCAAUUACGUGCAACAAAGCCCACAAGCUAGGCCGAUGCUCUUCACCUACACCGAUGAUCGGGAGUUGGAGAUGUUCAGGCUGGCUCUGAGAACAAUUGGCAAGCAGAUGUCGCAUCCGACUGAUGAUCCAUACUCAGCUGCGCAACAGCUUCUCCAGGGAUCUCAGCAAUCAAUGUGGGGCGCGCCAUCUGGCUAUAUGGGUCAGCAAAGGGGUGGGGGCGGCGCUCCAAUGGACACGCUCGAGCUCGAGAACACCAUGGUUCAACUUUUGGAUUUUAUGGAUCUAAGAGCACCGACAGCGUUGACGAGCGACUAG